UUAUGACGUGCGGAAAUACUUACGGUUUCCCACGUGGUCGGCCCGGCCGUUGCCGCUUGUCAAUGAGCGUGAACUUAGUUUGGUGCCGACCGAUGUUCUGUGUAGCUUGCUCACUGUGACACUCGAUGUGCAGCGCUGCCGUCUAUCUCUGUUAUCCACUGAAAUUACGUCCAUUAGAACCUAAUCCCCAUCUGAAUUGACGCACUCUCCAUAUCUUCUUCACACAGUAACUCUGCCAUUCACCCAUGUUAGACCUUCUGCACGCAUACACAGGGUGCCCUACAGCUGGGCUGCAGCAUCUAGUCCUUCCAAAAGAAACUCUCCUGCUGUAUCCUUCCUCCGACUCCAUCAUAAUACGCAAUGCGCUUAAUCUGAACCUUGUCCGCGCUUUGGGAUUCUGGGAAGCCUUUCCAGGUGCUCUUCACUCCAAGGAUGCCGUAAAUCGAUUGUCGGUCGACCCUAGAAUGAAACUCAUCCAUAGGUCGUCGGCUCAAUGGGCUCACGUCUGGCAACAUGGGCUCUUUCGGGAGUGCAACACGACACUUGGCGUGUUCAUUCUUCUCUAGCUCUUCCAGACGACCAAAAGAUCUCAGCCAUAGACUGCAAGUCCGGAUUGCUUGCGGUUGGGACCCUCCGUAGCUUAUCAGUGUAUACACUAAUCCUAGAAAACGACCUUCCCACUUGGUCUUUGAAGUGGAUGCUUCCCAUUGCCAAACUGACCCGUGUACGCUUUGCCCCUUCAUUGAUGUACAUUGCAAGCACAUCUUCGGAUGACAAUAACGUUCGGAUAUACUUGACGACUUCAGGGAAACAGCUUCAGUCGAUACCUCAUCCUCGCCUUGUAACAGAUGUUAAUUGGCGCAUGUCACAAGCCUCGAGCAGAGAGGCUUCAAUCCUUUACACAGUCACAGCCGAUGCUACACUGCGAGUCUUCUUGCCAGUGCUCGAUGCGCCACAACAGCUCCAGUUGCAUGCUUCCUUGGAUAUAUUCUCCGCGCUUCCGUUCUCCAUUGCGGCCAAAUCUCCUAAUUCGAGUAUAUACUGGCUAGACAGGGCAGUUAUGUCAAACGCGUUGACUGCAGUCUUGGACCAACCUGGGGCUGACAAGGAGGAAGCUGGAAGAAGAAGAAUUCAAGAAGUGAGGGACGAGGGUUGGGAUCUCUUCCUUCGUGUCCUCUCAGAUGGAUCCCUUGUUCUUCAGGCUGUCGCAAAUAUCGACCGGCGCCCUCCGACCCUUCUAAAGCAUUUCACACUACUACAGUCUCCUCCAGGAACUCUCAAGUCUACUCCUCUACAUCUCUAUGUUUUACCCCAUGCGACUGUCCCGUCCCUCCUAACUUUGAUUACCUCACCGCCGAUUACAACAUCCCUCUUACGACCCCUGCUUUUCUUCGAUGCUCGUGCUGAUGGUUUGGAACAAAUUGCAUCCGGAGAGGAACUUCCUCAUGCGGAUGAGCUCAAAAUUGGGGUCGAACAGCGCAAGAUCAUACGCUUUGAACGCACCCCUGACGGCGAAGGUGUUGGCGCAAUACGAAUGGAGGGUGCCGGAGAAACGUGGACUGUUAGCCGUAUGGGACGUCAUCUUACGAGCAGAGGGAGAUGGAAGCUCGAUGAGGCAGGAAACAAUAUCGAUCAUCUGGUUGUCCUUGACAGAGGCAAGCAAUUUGUUACAUACUCCUCGGCCACUCAGAAGCUUGUAUUGCAUACGCAUCCACCUGCCGAAGUCGAAUUGCCUAAUCUCGCUGCCAUUUUCUCCCUUCCUCGCCAGUCUUCCAUGCCUUCAUCUAGGUCUAUCACACUAGUCGCUCUCACGACCGAACAAAAGGUCAUUCUCGUCGACGCUAUCCUGCCUUCCCAAACAAACCCAACCUCAUCACCAUCCCUGAGAAUAUCAUCAUAUACAUCUUUACCGCUUGAUACUCCUCCGGCCCUGAUUAUGCCAGUUGAUCCAAUGGCUUGGAGUGGGCCCUAUCUUGCAGGCACAUGGGCCAUGGAACAUGAUGUGCUACUGAGUGUCACGUCAGAUGGUGAAUUAGCUUUUUGGAUUCCAACUGAAGCUUCAGAGGAGGCAAGGUGGAAGUGUACUGGGACAGUUAGAACUGGGCGACGAGGCUUGAGCAUUGCGCGUUGUAGCUCUGCGAAGAAGUCAGCACUUGUUGUUCUAAGUCCCGAGGGCCAGGAGCUGACGAUAUGGGAUUCCAAAGAGUCGGAGUUUGCCUCCGGGCUGGAGUAUAGACAACUCUUCAGUUCCUCAGAUCCGAUCAGCGACCUUGACUGGACUGCGACACCAGACAACCAGUCAAUAUUGACAAUAGGAUUCACCCAUCGUGUCGAGGUUCUGAGUCAACAACGCUUGUCUUACUUCGAUGACAUUCCAGCUUGGGGCCUUUGUAGGAAGAUAGAUAUUGAGAACAUCAUUCCGCACCCUAUCAGUGACUCCAUAUGGCUUAAUCGUGGUUCACUCUUAAUCGGAGCCGGUCAUCUUCUUUGCUUGUAUGGCCAACCCAAACCUGCGCCAGAAGACCCUGAGCCGCCCGAAAGCUUGUUCGAAUAUGUGGCACUACACAACGGACCAUUGAGCGACUAUCAUCCUCAACUCAUCUUACAGUGUUUGCUUUGGGACAAAGUCGAGGUGGUGAAAUCUGUCAUUGUUAAUUUGGCACAUAACAUCGCAAGAAGAAGAAAUAUACACGAAUGGCAUUUCGUCCCUUUUGAGGAAUUCCUGAAAAAGGAGGAAGUGGUCAAGGCUUCACAUUUACAAAGGCCAGCCUAUCCUUUGUUGUUCAGUGGACCCGAACCCGAACCCGAGAAGUGUGAAGAGGAGGAAUUCUCUACUACCUUAGUACAGCAGCUUUUGGAACGUCUCGAGGAGAAGCCUAGUUCUCGACUCACACCCAAUGAGCACGAGUCACUAGUCGUCCUGAUUCAGACUGUGUUAGAGAUCGACGAGCAAAGGCGGGCCCUCGACGCCAAUGGCGUGCGAUAUCUUAUCACGAUGCGGGUUUUCUACAUUCUCAAUCGCCGGUUGUCGGCGCCAUCGACUCCCGCUUCAAAUAACUCAGUACCCAUUGGAAGUCGUAAACGGGAGCGCUUGCGCUAUCGUGACAUGAUGUGGGCUUUCCACAGUGAGAGCCAGGAUCUGCUGCUUUCUGCUUCUAUCGCUGCAUGUGAUGGUGGCAAGAUGUAUUGGUCGGAUGCGAAAGCGUUGGGUAUUUUCAUCUGGCUUCAAUCCGCGGAAACAAUGAAAGCGCACAUGGAGGUCAUCGCGCGUAAUGAAUUCCUGGCGGGUGAUAAUCGCGACCCCACUAAAUGCAGUCUAUUCUACUUCGCGCUAGGAAAAGUGAAGUUGGUGCAUGGUCUAUGGCGGCAAGCUUCGUGGCAUAAAGAACAAGGUGUUAUGCUGAAGUUCCUGCACAACGAUUUCUCUCAACCACGCUGGCGCACAGCAGCACUGAAGAAUGCAUACGCUCUCUUGAGCAAACGCCGCUUCGAGUACUCCGCGGCUUUCUUCCUUCUGGGCGGUAGUUUGAAGGACGCUGUCAAUGUAUGCAUUAAGAACCUCCAAGACUUUCAGCUAGCUGUCGCGAUAGCGCGAGUGGUGGAGCAAGACGACAAUGGUCCCGUCCUCGCAGGAAUACUCAACAAUACGGUGAUACCAACCGCAUUCAGGGAAGGUAACAGAUGGCUUGCGAGUUGGGCAUUUUGGCUUCUGCGCCGACGCGACUUGGCAGUUCGUAUUUUGAUCACACCUCUUCAAGCUAUGACGAAGUUCUUAGUACAACCAAUCACUGAGAUAGGCGAACCACAUUUCGAUGACCCAAGCUUAGCGCUGCUGUUCUCUCAGCUUAAAUCCAAGACUUUACAGACCGCGAAAGGUACCAGCGAAAUCUCGGGUCGAACGGAGUUCAAUUUCGUCCUUCAGAUGGCGCGGGUCUUCUGCCGGAUGGGAUGCCAUGUACUGGCAUUAGACCUUGUCCGUUCAUGGUCAUUCCAUCGGCCGUCUGUGGUUACCCGAGACGUAUGGCCACCUCCAAGUCCUGUCAAUACUCGGCUCGCUCUAGAACCUGCUCUACGUAGGAGAGCAUCAAUCGUGAUCGAUAUGGAUAUCGAAUCAGAACCUCCAACGCGACGAGCAUCUCCCGUGGGACGGCCUGUGAAUGGUAUUCCUGUCAUUCCGGAAGAGGUAGUGACGGAUGAGGGAGAUCUCAUUGCGAGGAAGGCAGGUAUUGGAAGCCUGAUGAAGUCUGCCAAAGAAAACUCUAACGUACCCGAUUUCGAUAUGAGUGCAUUUUUCUAAUGCAGCCGUGUUUGCGAUCAAGCUGCAUACACAGAAUUACAUCUCGAACGCUCUAACUUAUUAUAUCAACCAGGAUGUAUUAGAAUAUGGAUUGCAGACCGCUUUUAUACAAAUGUCUUGACUUCUUCCAAGCCACAAAAUCCGAUAUAAGAGAAAUAUAGCGAACGAAUGAUAAUCUAGGACUCCCCCUCAGCCUCACGUUUCUUCAACACAAGGUCCUUGCCAGUUGCCCUCUUGUAAACCGCGUGGACAUCCUCAACGACAGUCUCGAAGUGAGAAGUCGCGUCGUAAGAGCGUGUAACGAAGACAUUGUCGCUCUCGCCAGUUGAUGUGGGGGUGUACAAGGAAGUGACCGAUACAAAC